CAUCAUCUGCUAGAUAAGUUGAAAGUGGCUUUUUCAGCGGGUCUGACUGAUUCAGGAUCAGUUGGUCCAUUUGAUGAAGAAAGGACUCUGAUCUUUUCUAAGACCAUCACCAACAUCGGCCAGGCCUACAACGCCUCUGCAGGCGUGUUCACGGCUCCUGUCAGAGGACUUUACUUCUUCAGCUUCACCGGCUGCAGAUUCCUGAAAGGUUACAUGGGUUUAUCCCUGUACAGGAACAACCAGCCGGUCGUCUUCAGCUUAGACCUGAACAACAUGGGCGGCUACGCCUCCACCUCCAACGCUGUGGCUUUGCAGCUGCACCGAGGGGACAGUGUCCGCCUCCGUCUGCCGGCCAGCUACCGGCUCUACGACGACUCCCGGAACUUCAGCGUCUUCUCUGGAUUCCUGCUCUUCCCGCUCCAGGAUGAGGCUAUGGGUGAGACGCCUGCUGUUCCUCUUCCACACAGCAGUGUUUAA